UAUAAGCGCGGCCGCGGGACGGGCACGGGAGCAGGUGCGCCGCUGAUCCCGUCCUAUGCCUGCCGGUCCCGCUCCGUCCCGCCGGGAGCAUGUACCAGAGCUCCGCGCGCUGCCUCUGCUCGGCCCUUCCCGCCCUCUGCUGCGCUCCCGCCGCCGCCUCGGCCUGCCGCCUGCCGCUGCCGCGGCCCCGCUCCCACCCGGCGCUCCCCGGCCCCGCCGCCCCGCGGGCAGCAGCGGGCGGCCCGCCCGCCCCGGGGACGCCGCCCCGCACAGUGUGUUCCAUGGGAAACAGCACCAGCAGGCUCUACAGUGUGCUCGCCAAGACGCUGAGCAGUGGUGCCGCAUCCCAACACCAGGACUGCCUGGAGCAGCUGGACUCAGCACAGCUGGAUCCUAUAGACCCCAAGGAUUUGCUGGAGGAAUGUCAGAUCGUUCUGCAGAAGAGGCCACCCCGGUUUCAAAGGAACUUUGUGAACCUGAAGAAGAAUACUGCCAGUAACCAUCGCCCCAUCCGGGUCAUGCAGUGGAACAUCCUCGCCCAAGCUCUCGGGGAAGGCAAAGACAACUUUGUUCAGUGCCCAAUGGAAGCUCUGAAAUGGGAGGAGAGGAAGUGCCUCAUCCUGGAGGAAAUCCUCGUGUACAAGCCCGACAUCUUGUGCCUUCAGGAAGUCGACCACUACUUUGACACCUUUGAGCCGCUCCUCAGCCGCCUGGGCUACCAGUGCACCUUUUUCCCAAAGCUGCAUUCACCGUGCCUGGAUGUGGAGCAUAACAACGGGCCGGACGGCUGCGCCACGUUCUUCCUCAAGGAACGCUUCGAGCUCAUCAGCAGUGCCAAUAUCCGGCUGACGGCCAUGGAGCUGAAGACCAACCAGGUGGCCAUCGCCCAGACGCUCAAGUGCCACGAAACCGGGAGGCUCUUCUGCAUCGCCGUCACCCACCUGAAAGCCUGCACGGGCUGGGAGAGGUUCCGCUCCGCCCAGGGCUGUGACCUCCUCCAGAACCUGAAGAACAUCACCCAAGGAGCAAAGAUCCCCCUGAUUGUCUGCGGAGACUUCAACGCCGAGCCCACCGAGGAGGUGUACAGGGAGUUUUCCAACUCCAGCCUCAAUUUAAACAGUGCAUACAAGCUGCUGAGCCCUGACGGACAGUCGGAGCCCCCCUACACCACCUGGAAGAUCCGGCCCUCUGGAGAGUGCCGGCACACGCUGGAUUAUAUCUGGUAUUCCCAGCAUGCCUUGAACGUGACCUCAGCCCUGGGCUUGCUGACUGAAGAGCAAAUUGGGCCCAACAGGCUGCCCUCGUUCAAUUACCCUUCCGAUCACCUGUCCCUUGUGUGUGACUUUAGUUUUAAUCAGGACCCUGACAGACUGCUGUAA